AUGGAACACUCUUCACCUCUCGCUGCUAUGCAGCCUCCGUCAGUUAUGUUCGGUCAUUGUUUCCGUUCAGAUGCCCCGUCAUACUCGUUGCACACAAUGUCUGGAUUUGGUGGGAACCCGUUCAACUUUAAGGACCUGUCAAUGAAGAAGUCCAGUUCGGACUACUUCAACAUGAAGCCCGUUCGUGGAUCCUCACCUACUGCUAGUUUGGCUGCAGAUCUCUCGCAGAAUUUCCAUAUUGAUCAAAGUCCCCAAUUAACCACACCCCGGCGGUCUUUGUUCACGGCCAACAUGCUUGGUCAAGCCAAUGGUAAUGAUGAGAUGAUGACCACUCCUCCGCUCCCAUCGUCUUCGCCUGCUCCAGCUAUGGAUUUUAUGGAAAUGUCACCUCUGCCCCACAAGAAGCCAGCAUUCGUUGUCACUGCUGAGAUUGAACUUCAAUCGCCUACACCUGAGUGCAGCCCUAUGGUUUCACCUCUCGCUUCUCCGGUCCCGAGUCCUCUUCAGGCAUCUCCGAUGGAGUCUCCACUAUGCCAGCCUGAACGUAAACGUCCUACUUUCCUGCGCCCUAGUCUGGCCAGGAGCAAGGCCCAAUCGUUCCAACUUGGUAUGACUCGCCCGGCACCAGAAAGCAAGGCACCCCCCUUCCGGUUUGGUACCGGAACCAAGACUUCCCUCAGCACUUCUACUUCGUUGGAAGAUAUGUUCGGUGACUCACCUCCCCACGAGCGUCCUGUCUCCCGCAACAGCUCUUCGGAUCGUCUGGCACCUCCCCGCCUGCGACCACCUUUCCAUGCCCGUACUAGCGGUUCACCCGCACCCAGCUCGAUCCGCAAGCCCUCUCAUCCCUUGAUGCGCCCCCGCAAGCAAUGUCGGAGAUCAUUAAGCAUGUUUGAGCACCCAGCAGACGUUAUUGCCGAUAAAGAGGCCAAGGUAGCGACAAAUACACCCGUCCAGUCCAUUGGUGACAUUCAGAGUCCGCCCAGCAUGAAGCUGCCUCACUUCAUCCCUGAGGACCGUGCGGACUCACUGCCUCGCAUCGACAAGAGCACUCUGCUGCAGCUCAUGGAUGGUCAGUUCAAUGACCAAUUCGACAACAUCCUGAUCAUCGACUGCCGCUUCGAGUACGAGUAUGAGGGUGGCCACAUCAACGGGGCCGUCAACUUCAACGAUAAAGAUCGUCUCGCCAGUGAACUCUUCAAUGCCCCCCAAUCUCGCACCGCCCUGGUUCUUCACUGUGAAUACUCCGCUCACCGCGCCCCUAUCAUGGCCAAGUACCUCCGUCACCAGGACCGUGCCAUCAAUGUCGAUACAUACCCCAACCUUACAUACCCCGACAUGUACAUCCUCGACGGUGGAUAUAGCUCAUUCUUCUCCGAGCACCGUUCUCUUUGCUUCCCUCAGAACUAUGUCGAGAUGGCUGACAAGGAGCACGAAUUCGCCUGCGAGCGUGGGCUUGGCAAGGUCAAGCAGCGCUCUAAGCUGAACCGUGCACAGACCUUCGCCUUUGGUGAACACUCACCUCAGAUGGAAGACAGCCCAACUGGUCGUUGCCGCCUUGGUGACAGCCCUAAAAACCGUUUCCUUGACUCGCCGUUCUCCGCGAGUUCCUUCUGUGCCAGCCCUGUUCCCCAACGGACCCCCGUCUCACAAAGAACACCCGGCCGCAGAAUGCUUUCUUAUUAA